UAAAUUCGAAAACAUUUUGAAUGGUGACUGUGCAAAGUUUAAAUCUACCCACACCACAACAAUCUCAAAACCUUAAGGACUUGCAACAUCAACUGUUGUUGCAGUUGAAUGACAAUUGCAUUGGAAUUCAAAAUAAAAGCGAUUCGAAUUAUCUAAAGAAGCAAGUGAUAUUAAAUAUUCUGGAAAUUUGCCAAGACUGUGCAAAAAUGGCAGCUUUACCUCAGGGAGCAUUUGUUGCAUGCAAAUUGCGUGAACAAUAUCGUGAUCGUGAUCUUAUAGUGUCACGCAUGAAAACCGGUGGCGAUAAGAACGAAUCAAAGUUCUAUAACGGUAAUAAAAAAUUGAUGGAAUAUAGCCCAGUCAAGUAUAACGAAAAGCUAAUGAAUUCUAUUUGGGGAUUCUACAAUCGUUAUUCACCCCACAAUAUUAAGAGUAAUGAAAUCGUUUCGCAUGAUCGUUAUUAUAAUCAGCAACAGCAAUCAUCUGCUGUUGCUAACCAGCUCAUUGCUCAUAAUAUAGCAAUGGCUGCUACCUCUUGCAUGGAGUGGAAUUUUAAAAAGAACUAAGCCGUUUAUUUUUU